AUGAGUGGAGGCGCGAACAGCUUGACCAAUCUCAACUCCUUCAAGGCAUCAGCAGCCUCACUUGGCUUCGGAUCAGGCUCUAUACCCCAGUCAGGCAGAGAAGCGGCUCAGCAGGGUCAGGCAGGAGAUCCAAAUGGCCAAGGCAACUCGGAUCCAUGGUCGACGCCUGCCAUCGCGGUCUCAGCAGGGCAAACGGGUGGCAUAAGAGCUAAUUUACCUGCUGGUCUGCUGCAAGCUGCACCCACGCCUGGACCUGCUGGUUCGCCGGCAUAUGGACUCGGCCAACAAUCGGCAGACUUGAGUCAGACGGGUGGAAAACUCUUGCUCAGCAAUGGAGGAAUCACUCAAUUACCUACCAAUGCCUCGUCCCCUGCCCCCAGAACAGAGAAUGAGGCAGUCUACUAUCUCAUCGUUGACCUCAUGGCACGCGACACGCGAGAGCUCGCCUUGCUCGAGCUAAGCAAAAAGCGAGAGCAAUGGGACGAUCUUGCGCUCGUACUAUGGCACUCCUUCGGUGUGAUGUCAUCGCUGUUGCAAGAGAUAGUCUCAGUCUACCCGUUGCUGUCGCCACCAUCGCUUACGGCGCACGCGAGUAACCGCGUUUGCAAUGCGCUUGCUUUACUUCAAUGCGUUGCCUCGCAUAAUGACACGCGAUCUGUCUUCCUGCAAGCUCAUAUACCGCUCUUCCUGUACCCGUUCCUCAACACGACAUCAAAGACCAGACCGUUCGAGUACCUCCGUCUGACUUCACUCGGCGUCAUCGGCGCACUCGUCAAGCAGAACGACAAUAGCGACGUCAUCAACUUUCUCCUCUCCACGGAAAUCAUACCGCUGUGCCUCCGCAUCAUGGAGACCGGCUCUGAGCUCAGCAAAACAGUCGCAAUCUUCAUCGUUCAGAAGAUCUUGCUCGAUGAGACCGGUCUCGACUACAUCUGUCAGACCUAUGAGCGCUUCUACGCUGUAGGAACUGUGCUCAGUAACAUGGUUAACCAAUUGGUGGAGACCCAGGCUGUCCGACUGCUCAAACAUGUCGUUCGAUGCUAUCUGCGUCUUUCUGACUCGCCAAGAGCUCGAGAGGCCUUGCGCGCUUGUCUGCCCGAACCAUUGCGAGAUGCUACUUUCAGCCAGCUCCUCAAGGGCGAUCUGGUGACGAAGCGCUGCCUAGCGAGCCUCUUGCUCAAUUUGAGCGACGAAUGUUCAAUACGCUAG